CACGCAGAUGCACACACGCAGAAAAGAGUAGAAAGCCAGAGAGGAGAACUGCGGCGGCACGAUGGGGAUAUUCUGCCUGCAUGGUCUCUGUCGCUAAGGCGUCCGGAGUUCAGCCACUGUGUGUGUGUGUGUGUGUGUGUGUGUGUGUGUGUGUGCCUGUGUGAGUGUGUGCAUGCAUGUGUGAGUGAGUGUGAGCCCCUGCCGACGCCGUGUGGAGAAAGGAAAGGGGAACAGAGGAGAGCGGGUGGAGAGGAGGAAAAGAGAGGGGGAGUGUUGACUCUGACUGGGGCUUAGAGGAACCUCACGCCACUGGAUCAGAGGACGCCGAUGUGCAACAACUACCCCAACUACUGCCGCUGCUAGUCUGCCUGCGUGCCGCUGCCAGCCUGUCCUGUUAACUUCUGCCAUGGCAUAGCCUCCUCUUCCAGCUCGCCUCUAAUCCACUAAGGAAAAGGGCAUGCAUGGGCACAACCAGGGAUCUAGGCUAACGCAUCCUUUACGUCAGUAAUUCACAGUCUGAGGAAACAUGGUGAGCAAGGAGGGUGGCAAAUGCAUGCUCACCAACUCAGAGUCUGACUCGGAGGCAGCGCCCUUGCCCUCCACCUCACUGGCACUGGAGGUGAAGUAUUCCCUGGAAGCCAGUCGACAGGUGAGGAAGAGAAACAAGGCCCUGCAAGUGCGUUUCAAGGAUAUCUGUGAGGCACAGAACGAGCAAAGGGAGGCGGAGUUGCAGGCAGCGCGGAAAGGUGGCAAGCCGAUCUCAUACAAAGUAGCGUACCGCAAGUACAUGACCGUCCCUGCCCGCAGAUCCAUCCCAAAUGUCACAAGGAGCACAGGUGUGCAGACUUCCCCUGACCUGAAGAAACGCUAUCAGACCUUUCCAUUUGAGCGCAAGAAAGGCCACACCUUUAAACACGUGGCGGCCGUGGAAACUUAUAAAGGUCAGAAUAACGGUUUUGUCAUGGAAGUGAAGCAGUCCAAGGCUGCUGAGCAGGGUUUAGAUGAGGAGGAGGAGGAGGAGGAGGGAGCCUGCAGGGGGAGUGGAGUCCGGAGGACCAGGGCUCUGCUCCAUACUAAUGAGUGCAUUGCCACAGUGGAGCAGCACAGUGCACCUGAUGGCCUGUGCUCUGACGCUCUGCUGCUUAGUUGCUCUGCAGACACAGACUGCCUUGCAGACACACAGAGAGGAAGCGGAGCUGGAGCACAGGCAGAGUACCAGCUCUGCAGUGUCCCAUCCAAAGCCAGGACAGGAUUACAACACAGGGAGCCUGAUACAGACCGCUCGGCCAAGAGGCAGCUGCUCAAUCUGGAGGAGGGCUCGUCCCGAACCCUGCCGGACAGGGCCUCCAAGGUUACGGGCCCCAUCUCCUGGAACUCCCUUACACAGGUGGAGUGCCUGGACAGUCCGUCUGUGCGGAGCAAGCGGAAGAAAGCCCUGCAGCUCAACGGGCUGCAGAGUGAGACGCUACCCCGUUCCAGCAGAGGCUGUACAACGCAGGCACAGUGCCACACUGGACAGUUAUCUGCCCGGCCUCUACGGGGCAUGGAGGAGCCUCUAACACCAUGCAGAGGCAGUGAGGCUGGUGGGGCACCGCCUGACCAAACACAGGAGGCCUGCAAGCAAAUAGUGCCUAUGAAUCAGGACGGGGAUGUUAAAGCACAGCUCCAGGCCAUGGAAAAUCUCAUCAGCUCCAGCCAAGAGACCAUCAAGGUGCUGCUGGGGGUCAUCCAGGAACUGGAGAAGGGGGAGGCCCACAGAGAAGGACUCUCCUAUCGGACCGGACAGGACACGGCCAACUGCGACACAUGCCGGAACAGUGCGUGCAUUAUUUACAGUGUGGAGCUUGACUUCAAGCAGCAGGAGGACAAGCUGCAGCCGCUGAUGAUGAGGCUUUGCCCUACGGAGGACGGCCACUUUGCCUCCCUGCCUUACCCCCAGGAGGCCUUCACAUCCACCCCAAAACGCAAGUCCAAAGCGGACUCCAAGAAGCAUGCUCGCUGGAAACUUUGGUUCCUGUGAAAACACAGAGGACCGUCUCCCCACUACUGAUGCACAGGAUUUAUGUUUCCGGAUGGUCGUCCAUUUUAGUUUGGUUUAUUCAUCAUCUUCUGUUUUAUCACAUCUCCUUGGCUUUUUGCAGACCUGGUAACCAGUAUUAAUGGAGAGCUCCACCACUGGAUACUGAGCCCCUUCUCAGAGAUGACAGGAUGUGUAAUGGGACACAAGUGUGGAUUCCAUGGAAAAUUCAAAAUGUCAUGCUUACCAAAAAUGGAUUCAGAGUUAUUUUGAACUAAUUUCUUCAAACAGGGUGUGAAAUUACACCAGGGCAACAUAUUUGGAGAUCAGCAAGGUGAGAAGAUGAAUUUCAUAUCCCUCUGUCUAUUUGCAUAUAUUUUUCUAGCUGACGUCUACGGGGGCCUAUUCGAUGAUAAUGGUUCAGUGAUAGUCACAUUUCUAUUCACCAGUUGGGACUUUGUCUUUCUUCCCAGCCUCCAGGUGAGGUUGGCAAUUCACCCACGAUGCUCUGAGGUCUACUACAUCGACAGCAUAUCACCGUACUGCAAAGCACAAUUAACACUGUUCAGGAUACAUUUUCUCCAGAGGAAUUAAAAAGAACUAUUUUGAGUAAUAACUCACACAUGUAGAUCACCUACUGACCAUGACUGAUUGAAGACGUUCAUAACAUCUAAAGAAGAGACUUAAAGGACAAAGAAGUCAGAGAUGUUUAUUGGAGUUCUAUGAUCAACUUUCUAUCCAUCUCUAAAAUUCUCCUUGAAUCAACUGACUUUGAAGUAAAGAAUGAAUAAAUAACACUUAUUUUCUUAAUAACAAUUGCAAAGUUAGAUGUCAAUGUAAUUUUUUCUAUCUAAAUAUAUAUCUAUAUACAUUCACUUUAAGGUUUAGUGGGAUAUAUUCAUUUGAGCUGCAGUGACGGGGGCUGUGCAUUUAAAAAAAACUACAGUGCAUAGGAGGAACAUUUCUGAUUCUUAAUUCCUCUUUAUACAUUAAACUUAGUUCUUACUAACCUCACAGUGCACAUGGUCAUUGAAACCCAAUACUCUAAAGUAAGUCUAGGCAAUCAAACUUCAUCAGUAUAAAACUAUAGAGAGUUCUGGCUCAACACAGAAAACUACGUUUAAAGAUACUUUGUUUCAGUCACGAAACCAAGUAUAAUAAAUAAUUGUUGGUUCUUAGCACAUGUGAGCGGUAACAGAAGAUAGCUGUGAUUGUAUUGCUGCAGUAUCCUGCAUCAGCUACUUCAUUAGCUACUGAAACCAAGCCAGAAAGACUGAAUGUGCCACUUCUGAUCACAACCAGGGCUUCUACAGUGCAGGGUGACAGGCGUGUAGCCUUGCAUGCUUUUUACAACAAUCGGAUUUUGCAGGAUAUUUUCUAGCUUUUAAAAGAAACAUUUUUAAAGAGAAUGACAAAAAAAGUUUGGUUUGCUUUUUCCCCUCACCCUUUGUUUUAUUACUAGCUCCUGCUCAUCGCUUCCCAUCUAUUCAACUGUAAAGUAAAAACUCAUGUAGUAGCUCUAUUCAGGGUUCAGAGACUAUGUACAGCCAAAAUAAUAUUUGCAUUUACUAUAUAUAAAUAUAUAUUGUAUAGCAUCAAAUAGGGCUGAUACCAUUUUAAUGAGUGGGAAAGCAGCCAGAAUCUAAAAAGAAAACAUUACGUUAACAGCGCCUGCAGAGGCAUGGAACCGAAGUCACUCUGAAACCCCAAAACACUGCCGCAAAAGACAGGAAAUGCGCCAAAGUGGUUUCAAGGGCAUAAAAGAAGCAUCUUUAUCUACUGUCACAACAAUACCUUGCAAACUACAAGACAUCACUGGUUUGACCUUCACAAGCUCUAACAUGCUGCUUCCUGUUGGCUACAUGUGACUCACACCUCCACUCUUGUACAUGCAGAGUAGGUUUCUUUCCGUAGUUGCUGUAGCAUCAAGAGAGAAACAGUUGUUUAUCUGUACCUUAAUGAAGUGCAAUUGAUUUAAUAUGUGCAAUACUGUGUAUUUUAUACUGUUAUUUUUUUUUAAAAGAAGAAAAUAUGAAAAAUAAAAACAGACAUCUACGGAGCUCUCAAAGUCUAGAGAAGACAUCAUUUGCGUAGCAAAGUGAGUUGUAUAGUAGGUUGUUAUUUUCAUCAAGGCAAAUACCAGUUAAAGGGUCGGCUCACCCAAAUUACAAAAAAAAUAUAUUUUCUCAGGUAUCUCUGAUGGUAUCAAGCAGUUAAAAAUUACAUUUGUUAAGGAUUGUGAGGUCUGAAUUAUCAAGUUUCUGUUAAGAUAGGCUUGCUUUUGAAAUUUAUAAAUGUUAUUAUUUUCAAUGCUGUGAGCACCACGAGUGGAAUGUCAUUCACCUCAAAUUGCAAUGAUGUGUUAGCAGAAAUCUCAAGAGACAAAUAUCUCAACAUUUGGGCAAACAAAACUAAAACUAUAUGCAGUGAUAAACACUACUAUGUGAGGAAAUAUGUUAUUUUGUGAACCAACCCUGUAAUUAAGGAUUUCACUUAGGCUUAGUUUGAAAAUUCUGUAUGCAAAACAAUCAACUCUACAAUCUUAUGGGAUGAAAAGCGGGAAAUAAGGCUGAAAAUGCACCUAAAAUCAGGCUUGCAGUUCUUUGAUGUAGUGGGGCGGCACAACACGAGAGCAGAAUAAAACAGAGGGAUAAGCAGCAAAGGGCUUCUGGUGCACACUGCCUUAAAACCUAUGUGUGCUUGCAUGCAACUGCCUGAUGUUGCCGCAGACCAGCAAUGAGGUGAAACCAUGAGGUAAACUGGGGACAAAGCUCUGAGUAAAUGCCCCAGAUAUCGGAGUCACCCUCACAAGGAUGCAUAAAGCUGCAAGAACCAAUGUUGCUCAAUGGCAACAUUGCCUGCUUGCCUGCCUGCCCCCCCCCCCACCCCUCAUCUGUAGCAGGGCCAUCUCCACAGGACUUCCCCCGGGUGGAUGUUUACAGCAGAGUGCUAAGGGUACAAACAAGACAACCAGUGCAGCUUCACGUCUGACACUCUUACACCUUUUAACCGCAGUCCUCUGUGGUUUGACAGUGGUGAGCAUCCCCACGUGAGUCCCAGUGGUUUCCACACAGCGUUGACAGAGAGCACACGUAUGACAUGAGUUGUCACAGGGUCAAUACACCCAGGAGGACGCUCAGUCAAAGUUUCAGCACAGGAGAGGAGAGGUGCAGCGAGUGAGUGAUAAGUGCACAUUUGAGGCAUUAUGAUGCAGUGCCAUAUCUCACUAUGCUUCUUUUCUGUAAGAGCUCUGCAGCAGUCUGGCCAGCAGGAGAGAGAGACGGAUACGGAGAGAAGACAGAGAGAGAGAAGCAAGGAGAUACUCAGAGAAAUAUUUGGACAGAAAGCAAUAUAAAGACAGAGAUAAAGAGAGUGAGUGAUACAGAGAGCCAUAGAUACAGGGAGGAUUCGGAUCUGAAUAGACGUCAUUGAGAAGGCUUUGUUGCAGUAUAUUCGGUCAGUGAGUACAUUCGGCAAAGAACGAGCUUCAGUCCCUAUUAGCCGGUCAGCUCCAUACUGUCAAUAAAUAGCACAAGUCCUUCCCCUGUAGCUUUCCACUCCAUUCCCUCUGCACACUGCAGGAAAAUCGGCAGGAUGACGACGAAGCACUGCAGCCAACUAUCACCACAACCUGUUGUGAGUUAGUCCUCAAACCUACAACUAUGAAAAGUUGAAUAGACAACAUUAAAGUUAAGCUUACAAUGUUUCCAAUAUAUCCUCAGGUCUGUUAGGUAAACCAUAGAAAUCAUUUGAGGUGUUUUCUGACAAUGCAUAACAAAAUAUGCAAUGGUCAGUAUUGCUAGUAUGACAGACAAAGAAAAACAAAGGUUUGUUUCAUUGAUUUGGUUGGAACUUUAAAAGCAGAAGACAAGUGUGUAACACAGCGAUUUUUCUAGAUGGAGCUUCCUACCCAUGUGUAUCUGCAAGGAUUAAGCUUAAAACUAGAGGGAAAAUGUAAUUCAAGGGCAUAAAGGUAGAACUGACAGCAGGGACAGCCUAAAUGUUUCUGCUACCAUUCGAAUAUAAAUGUACGUAAGGGCUCAUCUCAACCUGUGCGAGUGUGGACAUGAAUAUAAAAGAUACAGCCCGCUGGGAUGUCCAAUGAUGCAAAUGUGCAGCGAUGCUGUGUAAGUCGCUAACGGGCAUAGCACUGCAGUGACAACACACAACAAAACUGACGCCCCCAAGCCGUCACUGUGAUCAUUCUCAUCAACAUUCCAUGUCCACCACCUCCAUGAGAGAGGAAGAAAAGAGAAGAGAGAGAGGAGGGAGACAGAGUAGAAGAUUAAUGCAUAAAUCUAAAUGUAAGAGGCUGCCACUCAGAAGAACAAUGUCGGCGGUUGGCUGCAGUGUUGUGUGAGCAGCAGCGCACAAUCUGCCUGCAGAGCAGGCAGCAAUGCCCAGCAGCAGCAACAACAGCCCUCUGAUUAGAAAACUACGACCCUUCCAGCAGCGCUAACUAGGUCUCAUAGCUGUUAAGAAAUCACACCAACCUUAUUGAUCAUUCACUAGAGAUUUGGUGAGCUGCUUCAAAUACAGCUUCUGUCCCCAGGUACUAUAUAAUGUACAGUGUUUGAGUGAAAGAGCCAUAGUGCUUUUAAAAAGACAAGGCUGUGAUGUGACCUCUAACUCCCGUUGAGUAAAAGGACACUGCACACUGAUGCCAACGAUUAUGCUGGUACUUAGAAAUGUCAAGGCAAUCAAGUACAGUGGCUAGUUAGCUCAAGAGGCGGCAGCUGACAAAAGGUAGGGGUCAGUAGGGACAAUAAAAGCAAGCUGUAUUUAGGGGAGAGGAAUAAGAUAGAGGGCAGCUGCAGCACAUGUAUACAAAGUAGAUAGUUUCAAUAGCCACAGGAGGUCAUGGGUAGAGCAGUUUCAUUAACCAGAAAGGAGGCUGGUCUGCUUUCGCGCCAUUCAGCAGCCACUGCUGGAAGCAGGGAACGCCAUUUCACCUACACCACAGGGGGGGAUGCUGAAAUGGAUGCACUUAGUGUAAUUCAGCAGAGAAGAGGCCUGCGUGUGCUGCCUUCAGGAGCGUUGAUAGCCUUUUAGACAAAGUGGUAUGUGUGUUCCAUUUCUGAAAUACUGUACAUGAUCAAAAUAAACUGCAGUGAAAAAUAACAAAGGAAAAAUGGCAGGAGCAGAAGGAUAUCUAGCAGCGUACAACCUCUUUUGCAAAUCCGACUUUUCAAAACUCUCUGACCAUGAGCCAGGCAGGACGGUGCAGAGCCUGUAUCACUGGCUUAACAAUGGAUGGAUUGGAGAGCUAGGGAGGGAGAGUUACUGGGAGUCCUAGACCCCUCCAGACAGCUGGCUGGGAGAGAAUGGGCAGCAGGGAGACCUCGGCUCAACUCACAGUUUCAUAAGCUUUACAUUAUGCAGUGCGAGGCAUGCUGGCGAUCUGUUACACAACAGAGGGAUCACCAUUUGCGCAAUUAGCUUGGUGCAUUGCUAAAAUACCUUUAGACAGAGGGAGAAAUGGAACAGAGGAACAGCUAGAGAAUCCCUGCUCUAAGAAGAGGGUAAGACAGGACACAGUGGACAAAGGAUGAGUGCUGCGGACGUAUUAUAACAUGGUGAUAUAAAACACGCUCACAACCACACACUGGAUGAUUAGUGUGUGAUAACUCUGGGUACUGUUGGCUUUUUUUCAAUCACUCUCUGCUGGUGUGGCUCAGUGACUGGUAAUAAAAGCAGAUAAGCUUCCAUUUAAACGGGUGAUGCCGUUUCCUGCUGCUCCCCAGAUGGAAGAGGGUGCUGUGCGCAUACACACACAAUAAAUAACCCGAGACAGAAGGAGAAAGGAUGCUACACCAACCAGUAACAGUAUCAAUAUAAUGAGACAGUAUCAUACGACUCCCCGUUUUCCUAUUCAUACUUCAAAGACAGAGAAAAUCUUUCUCUCAUCACUCUGCUGCAUUGAAGUGAGAUGUAAAAGUACUUUAAAGUGCCCUCAAAGUAUCUCCAUCAUAAAACCUUGCAUAAAAACUAUAUAUGUUUAUUACCCAAGUCUCACUUUCAAAGUCACAUCACAAGCUACAUGCAGCUCUAAUGGAUACAACAGGAUGCAACAGAAUGAGUCAGAGAAUACAAAAGUUGACAUUCAUUGGACUCUUUGACUCAUGAAAAUGAAUGAAGGCUUGUGACUGACAGCAAAUUUAUACUAUGACUGAUAAGUGCAUUAAUUGCAAACGAGCUCCUGCUGAGAGAGUGAUUGAGAGAAGGAUGCUGAACGGCACUGAAAGGGGUACAGUACACAGUUUGUGUGAUUAGAUUACAGCACAGAGUAUAGUAGUGUCUGUGAUAACAGACACUACUAUAAACAGAACUAAAGAGAGCUAGUUGUGGGUAUACAGCUAACAGUUGUAGAGAAUCAGACAAACUUACGAUGUGAGGGGAAUCGCGGCCCAUGGAAAUGACCGUCCUGUUAACGGUCCUCAGCAGCUUCUCCAUGACGAUCUGCACGUGCCACUGGGUGGGACCCUGUGAAAAAAUACAGUUAUUGCUUACAUUUCCCACGAGGACUAUAAACACGUCUUCUUAUUUUAAAAUUACAAUAGAUUUUGAAUGACUGAUUGCUGAAUGUCCGUGCAAAUUGACAAGUCUAGGUGAUUGGGGUAAAUGUCAAAGCUUGUCCUGUACAUUUGGCCAGUUACCAGCUCAAAUAAAAAAAAAAAAAACAUCACCAUGGAAUAAGAGCCAAAUUGCCAAUAACUGCUUAAAAGCUAUUUUCCAGACAUUGUUGAAGUGGUUUACGGAGGGGAUAUGUCCUUUAAUUUCAAGAAUUACACACAGUAACAGAUCACCAAAAAUCUGCUUGUUUCUUGGUCCAUGGAUCAACUUUUCACCAAAAUUCCCUGAAAUUUGUUCACGUUUUCAAUAAUUUCCUAUUAACUAAAACUGCUUCUUUACUACUUUUGGUGACAAUUUAAAACCAAUUAUAUGUUGUACUUUAUCAAUAGAUAUGACACAAUAAUAAUACUGCUAUAAUAAUACUUAAUACCGCUUUCAAAAAACUUAAAACUCUGAAGAUACUUUUGUUAAGAGACCUGACAAAUACGACAAUGCAGCCAACAUGAUAAAUACACUGUGAACCCUAGCAUUUGGAGGGGGAAACACCCAUGGAGCAGUUGUACCGUUGUCAUAAGUGGGAUGAUUUCCCAUGGACCUGCUUAUUAGUGAGUUUGAGUUAGCGCAGGGCUGUUUCUCCCGGUCUCUACCCAUCUGUAGGGGAAAUCUUCUAAGCAGACCGAGCUCUGCAGCGUCAACCUAAACUUUCAAUAAUUUACACAGCUCUGCGGUUGAGGAACUCAUGCACUCAGGUCUGUGCACAUAUGCACACACAAAUAUUCACAAAAGCAAGUGUGACGCACAUCUUUUGUGAAAACACGGACCCAGACUGGUUUUUUUCUGGGCCCUUUAUAAAAGUCCUACACAAACCCAGCACAUGAUGAAAAAGUCAUGAUUUUUAUUUUAAUCCAUUUAAAUAUACAAUUAGAUAUUUAUUCCUAAGGUAUAAUUGUUUAAUAACUUCAAAAGUCAAAUGGACAUGUGUACGUGUGCAUGGAAGUCUAUGAAAGCAUACAGUGCAGUACAGGUAUAAAAGAGAGCAGGGCAGGGAGAGGACGCAGCACAAAGGCAGAGAGAGACAGAAGGAGUGUGAAAGGGAGAGCAAGUGGGAGAUAAUAUUGAGCAGAGUGGAGUGUGGGAGGCGAGGCCGUCGUGAUCAAUGGCGAGGGGAGUCUGAGGGCCUGAGGGAGGACAUCAGGAGUCUGGGCAUGGAAUAGGUUGAAACACUCGUGAAGCAGCUGAGUGUGUGUGUGUGUGUGUGUGUGUGUGUGUGUGUGUGUGUGUGUGUGUGUGUGUGUGUGUGUGUGUGUGUGUGUGUGUGUGUGUGUGUUUGUGUUAUUAUAUGUGCAAUGAGGUCUGAGGCUGAUGCCCGAGUGUGAGGGAUGUGAACUUGUAAUGGUAAGCUAUUUUCUGCCACUUUAUAAACUAAACAAUGAAUUCAUUAAUUGGAAAAACAAUUAAUAGAUUAACCGAUAAAUGAAAAAAAAAAAAAAAACAUUAGCUUUGACUGUCUACAUAACUGGCUCUGUGACUGAUUUACCAUGUAAUAAAGAGUUCAUCAACAUGUUGUUGGAGCACGUUGUUGAAUGAUGUUGAAGAUGGCCUUCUAGCCACACUGAGCGAUGAAUUACUGAGCAAGGCCAACUCUACAGGUUAGUAAAUUAACAGUGCUGUAAAAGGAUCUCCUGCCAGGGCAUGCAGGGCAAUAAAAUAAAUUAAGAACAGCACACUGAUUAGUAGGUAUUCAGAAAAAUAACCACAGUCCAAAUAGCUUCUUCUUUAUGCAGGGACUUCUGGAUCCCCUUGUUAUGCGAUUAAUUAUCCCAGAGAGAAAUAAAUGUACAU